AUGGCGUCCUGCGCGAGCAGAAGGCGACUAUCGACAGUCGUCCUUCCGAACCUUCACCUCCGCCUGCGCUGCUCCUGCGCGAUCCGCGCGACCGCUUCGGUCCCUUUAGUUUCCGCGACGCGGCAAGAGUCGCCAGUCGCGUCCUUGGAUCGGCAGUUCUCCGCAGGACCGGCGGGACCUCCGCGCCCGUCGUCGGACUAUCCAUCGCGCCCACCUCCGCCAGAAGCCAUGCCCAUCAUUGAGCCAGGCGAUCAUGUACCUUCACAAGGGGGGAGGGCAGCAGGGGAGGGGGACGAAGGGGCAUGGGCGCGGGACCAAGGGCGGAUGCAGGAGGUGUUUGGGGCGAUAAGGGAGCACCGAAUCGACACUGUGGGGCGAGGGCAGUCGAGGCAGGACCUUCAAGGCGGCAAGUCUGCAUCAGGGCGAAUCACUCUGGCUCAGCUGAAGGAGUUGCUCUCCCUGCAUGCACGGGGCAGUGGGGACAGCAGCAGCAGCAGCAGCAGCAGCACCCCGGUAACUUCCGGGUUUGACUCCUUAGCUACCCGGUUCGCCGUUGAUGCUUCGCUAUUGGCCAAG